CAGGGGGUUGAGGAUGCAGUGAGCUAUGAUGACACCACUGCACUCCAACUUGGGUGACAGAGCAAGACCUUAUCUCAAACAACAACAACAAAACCCAGAAGUCUGAAAAGUUACAAUGUGAAAGAGGACAUCAAAUGAAAGGAAAAAUCAUGGUAGGAAAGAAAGAUGAAGGCAGCAGUCCCCACUCACUGAGCUAGAAGACCUGGAACACUGGACAGAGGUGGUUCUGAGCUCCCUAGUGGCUGAGGAGAGGAGUGAAAGCAGAUCCCGGUCCCUGAUCCGGUUCAUGAGAGGAUGAAAGCACAGCCAUUGUUCUGGAGACACUUUCUGGUUGUCAUCAUGGACAGGCUCCCUGGAGGAUGUGCCUCCUCCCGCUUCAGGAUUUAGCUCUUCUACCUCCCCUGGGCUGGGGUGGGUACAUUGUCUGUGCUUUGACAGUCCCUAGAUCUCAUGUGUUCUAGAACCCUCUCUCCCAAAGCAGAACUUUUUUUUUUUUUUUCUGUUUUCUGUUUUUUAAAUCCAUUUCAGCCUCCUGACAAGCAAUAAGAUUUGGAAUAUUUGUUGAGGGGAUGAAUAAAUGAACUCCUUAGUGCGGAGGUAUCUGUGCAUUGCGGCCAUUUCUUGAGCAUUGUCAUUUGCAGGUCAGAGAUGUGGGAGCCCCACACAGUGGGGAGGAGAGCAGAGGCGGAGGAUGGGGGGUUGGGCUAACCUAGGCUUUCCAAGCUGUGAUGGGGCAGGAGCUUCUCCACUAGCUCCAGGAAGGGGAACUUGGGCUCUGGGCGCCUGUUUUGAAGAGGUUGCACCCCUUUGAGGGGACCUACGGGUUGCAAGUCACGCAGGAAACGUGACCUUAGCAGUGAGGGUGGUGGAGUGGGCCAAUUUCUGGAUCUUUCUCUAUUUAGUCACCUCCAGCCUUGUUGGGACAGGGAUCUGGGGCUAAGCCGCUGUGGUCUCGGCACCCUCUGUCCCCACUUCCCCUCGAGGACGGCCAUUUGAAUAUUGUCUAGUGUGGGCCAUUUACCCCUGUGGGCAGGAGGAAGGUAGGAGGGACCUCAGAGGAGACUUCAAGGGCCCCCCCACUGCCCUUCUAACCUUGCAGAUUCCCCUCUGGGGCCUGUUUCCUCUUCUCUCAACCAGCGAUGCCAGGCUGAGGCUGUCGGUUCGAGAAUCACGUAGGUAAUAGCUUAGUAAAGGGCCUGGCACAUAGUAGGCUCUCAAGAAAAGGUCGGAGCCUCUUGAUGAGUCUGCCUGUGAUGGAUGCGGAUCACAGACCCAGCGCAGUGCGGCGAUUCGCCCAAGGUCACACAGCCGCCCCCCCGGACCCUGGGCGGCCUGACCCCGGGGCCGGGGCUUGUCGGGUGCCAGCGUGGGGGCGAGCAGUGUUUGGAAGAGCGGCCGCGGCCGUGGCCGUGGGUGGGAAGGGGCUUCUAUUUUGGAGCGAGUGAGAGGAGCGGGACACGCGGAGGGGGUAAGGGAGGGGUGGGCUCUCUCCGGCAUCUCUGUCCCCCAGUCACCUUCCUGCAACCCUUCCUGGGAGGGGCGUUCUGGGCGGUGGGGGAAGGUGGGAGGGGCGGGCGGUUACCUCAUCGCCGCCUCCGGGAGGCCCCGCUCGCUCGCGCCGCCGGCUGGGGCGGCGACUCCAGGCGCGGAAGCGAGAGAAGGACAGAGACACAGAGGCUCCGGGAGGCACUGCUGCCCCCCGCGCCCCGCACCGCUGCGGGACCCGUGCCGCGAGGAGGGCGGACUUCGGGGCCCCGCGCGGCCGCCGGCGCCUGGGUUGGCGCUGCGGGGCGGAGGCAGUGUCUGAGCGCCGCUCCGGGUCUGCUCUCUCCCGAGCUUCGGCACCCGCCCGAGCCGCUCGCGAGUCCGCCACCUGUCUGCCCACUCCGUUGUUUGUCCGCCCUCCCGCCGCCAGCUCCGGCCUCGGGCCUGCCCUCUCCGGUCUCCGUGUUCCGGGGUCGACGAGAAGCGCGGCGGGGCCGGGGCGCACCGGGCAGGGCGCGCGGGGCGCACGGCCGGGGGGCGCACGGCGCGGCGCCGGCCCAUGAGGCUUUCCAGAGCGGAGAGCGGCAGCGCCGGCCGGCCAUGGGGGGCAGCCUGCGGGUGGCCGUUCUAGGCGCCCCGGGCGUGGGCAAGACGGCCAUCAUCCGCCAGUUCCUGUUCGGUGACUACCCCGAGCGCCACCGGCCCACGGACGGGCCGCGCCUCUACCGACCCGCGGUGCUGCUCGACGGCGCCGUCUACGACUUAAGCAUCCGCGACGGCGACGUCGCUGGCCCCGGCUCGAGCCCUGGGGGUCCGGAGGAGUGGCCAGACCCUAAGGACUGGAGCUUGCAGGACACGGACGCCUUCGUGCUCGUCUACGACAUCUGCAGCCCGGACAGUUUCGACUACGUGAAGGCCCUGCGGCAGCGCAUCGCGGAGACCAGGUGGGGGCGCGGCAGGUCUGGCGGUGGGGAGCUAGGGCAGGUCUGGCCCGGCCUUUGCCUGAGGGGAGUGUGUAGGGUCUCCCAACGUUGUGGGCCGGGUCUUAGGCCUUCGCCCGUGGGAAGGUCUUCAGCUGUAUGUGCUCUUUUGCCCACAUGGGCCUGGAGUUCGGGGAGGGCCUCUGGCUGUAGGAAGGGAAUGCGCCUGCGUGUGUAUACCCACUGGGGGAAUUCUCCGGCCGUGGGGUCCCCGGCACCGCGUCUCUCAUCUCCAUUCGGCCCCCAGGCCGGCGGGCGCGCCCGAAGCGCCCAUCCUGGUGGUAGGCAACAAGCGAGACAGGCAGCGGCUGCGCUUCGGACCGCGGCGCGCGCUGGCCGCCCUGGUGCGCAGGGGCUGGCGCUGCGGCUACCUCGAGUGCUCGGCCAAGUACAACUGGCACGUGCUGCGUCUCUUCCGCGAGCUGCUGCGCUGCGCUCUGGUGCGCGCGCGCCCUGCACACCCGGCCCUGCGCCUGCAGGGGGCGCUGCAUCCAGCGCGCUGCAGCCUCAUGUGACCCAAUUGGACAGUGCCAUCCAUGGGCCCCACCUUGUGACUGGGACAACCCGGGACGUGGAUUGGACAGGAUCGCCCAACUUCACUGGGACUGGACAGGGCAAUCUCUGCCCUGAUUGGAUGAGGCCUAAGCGACGGGCCUCUUUUUGAACCUCGUUGGACCCAACCGGGUCCCAAGCUCCAUUGGAGAUGACCAGUCCUUUCUGGGACCUCAGUGGGUCACAAUCCCACUGGAUGGAAAGGACUUGGCUAUGAAUUUGGAAACGCGAGGCCUGCUCCUGGAGCUUCACUGGACAUAUUCUUUAUGCCACUCCUAUCGCAGGAUAAUAAACGGGAAAAUAAUUGA